CGGUGGCGCUUGCCGGUCUGGGAAGGUCUCGCGCUGCAUGGACGGUAGUCGUGAUAACGUGGGCGAAGUCUGGCGAUCCUAGUGUGUGUAUGUGUACACCUUCACCUUGGCUGUAGCUAGCUGCCUGCCAAUAACCCGUCAGCGUGGAUGGGCAGUGCAGGCACCAGGGCUUAAUACCCCUUCGCUCACUUGUGUUUUCCUUUAGCGCCGCAUCAUCGCUUGGACAUCGUCAUUGACACGUGGAAGUGGAGAAUGGCAAAGUAGUGCAUCAGGGGAGUUAAGGCAUUUGUUUUGGUUGAAAAGGAUUGAUACAUAUUUCUGGCUGCAUUCACAACAGCUGGAUGGGAGUGUUUUUUCCCCAAUGUUCUUACUUGCUGUCUGAGAUUAUGUUGGAGUUAAACGUGCAGUAAUGUCAUCGAGCAUCAUCACGUGAUAUCAUCUAAUAGGUUGGCCGAGCGCCUUGCUCUCUCAGAAGGCCCAACAAUUCAUGUUUGAUACUUGGGCAACUUAUCGCUUUGGGCUGAUGCAAUUUUCAUCUCCUGCUUGGGAUUUUGGAUUGUUCCGCAUCAUCCGGAUACCGUAUAUUCGACUUGGAUUCAUCUUUAAUAUUCAAGAUGGGGGAGUUACUGAUGGGCUGAUCAGGGAAUGAUUUUAAGGAUGUAGAUCCGGGUAAGUUGUGAAUCUUGAGCCAGUCGUGACAUUGACCUGACUUCAUUGAAGAUAGUUCGUGCCGCCUGCCCGCUGCACGUCAAAGGCAUUUUUGUGGCCACUUGUUAUCGUUGAACAAUCUUCACCAAUGUGAGUUUGUUUUUUACAACACGAGGGCGGCAGGCAGUGCAUGCGAGGCUGAGAAGUGUUGUGCGUGGGUGAAGUACACACGUGCACCAGAGCCUGCUCACUGGAGUUAUGCGGUCUGGCCAAACUCCAACAAGCGAAUCACGAGCCCUUUGGACACUGUGCCGACACUUGUCAUGCCGACUGGGCCAAUCAGGGGCCGGCUUGUGCCGAGCCGUCAUCAUCCUUCUUGUGUACACUGCAGCGCGUUGAUCUUUGACGUGUCUCUGGCACUGAUUCGGUGGUCUUUUACCCCUGGUGGCCCAUCAAAGGGCACGCCUCGUUCCGCACAGCUCACACGUCAGUUCAGUGUCGCACCUGGCCGCGUUCGAUACCCAUCGACUCCUGACUCGCUCCCGCCUCGUCAUAGCAUGACAGAACCUGGACCGAGGCUCCUAAACUCCUGUUGAAGUUACAACUCUGGACAAUUAUACAGGAAGCCAUCUUUUUAGACCUGGGAUAAGGUGUACAUGACACCUGUUCAUUACACACCUGUCGAUAAAUCAGAAAGAUAAUGACACCGUGUUUUACAGUACGGACAGGUAUGGCGUCGCCAUACCGACAACUACCCUAGUACGCGCCUAAGCAACGCAUCUGAAUCGGAUCGCGGACUCCAAAGAGCAGUUGUAAAUCAGGUGUCAUCAUGCAAGGUGUUUGUAAGCUCCUCUUGACUGUCUCCUUUGCCUGUCUUCUCCUGGGCUCCACUACGCGAGCCUGCACGGGGAGGGCCAGCCAGCAGUCCAAAGGACCGCGGCAGUCCACCCCGUUGACACUCCGCCAGCGGGUACCCAACGUAUCGGAGAACACGCUGGGUGCUAGCGGUCCGCCGGACGGACGAAUCCACAGAGAUAAUCCCAAGUUCGAUGAGCUCCUGCCUCCUAACAACAACGCGGACAUCUUGUACAAAGAUGAGGAAGGGACGGGAGCCGAUAGGCGCAUGUCCAAGAGAUGCAAGGACAAGCUCAACUCCUUGGCCAUUUCCGUCAUGAACCAGUGGCCUGGUAUCCUGCUUCGCGUAACAGAGGCGUGGGACGAGGACGGGCACCACGACGAGAACUCUCUUCACUACGAGGGCCGGGCCGUGGACAUCACCACCAGCGAUAAGGACCGGACCAAGUACGGCAUGCUGGCACGAUUGGCUGUGGAGGCUGGGUUUGACUGGGUCUCCUUCGAGUCCAAGACUUGGGUCCACUGCUCUGUCAAGUCAGAUUCUUCGGAAGCUGCCAAGUCCGGCGGGUGCUUCCCUGCAGAUUCCCUCGUCACUCUCCGAAAUGGCGAAACAAGAACAAUGGCCGACCUCCGGAUCGGUGAUAAGGUCAAGGUGGUGGACAAAUCCAGCGGACUGGUCACUUUCAGUGACGUCAUCACAUUCCUUGACCGCGACCCAAGCAAGGACACGCUGUAUCGCGUCAUUCAGACGGAUCGGCCGGGCUACACUGCCACCCUGACCCCACAGCACGUGCUCUACGUUUCGGACACGAACUCCUCUUUCACCGACAGCAGGGCCAUGUUUGCCAGCGACGUCCACACGGGCCAGUACCUUUACACCACAGUACACGACCACGACAGAGAAACAAGGCUGGUACCCGCCAGGGUGACUGGAGUGUCUACAGUACGGAAACCAGGGGCGGUGGCUCCCCUCACAUACCACGGCACAUUGGUCGUGGAUGGCGUUGCAGCCUCCAACUACGCCGUUUUGGACGUUGAUUGGGUCGCCCACGGUGUCUUCGCGCCACUCAGAUGGUGGCAUAGCAUCAGGCAGUAUCUCGGGGCACCAGCGCAGACAGGACUGCCUACCAGUGAUCAAAUCCACUGGUAUCCUGCGUUUGUGUAUAGAAUCACUGAGCCAAUCGUUGGUAGCUGGUACCAUGCCGACACGAUUGAUGUGUAGCCGUUGUAAAGGCGGCCAUCUUGCGCUUCACCUAAUUAACUUGACCGAUAAAUUCCAGCAUUUUGAUAUUGAUCGCACAUUUUAUUGGAAAGUGGACUUCAGCGUUCGAGGAUUUCAACGUGAAUAAUUAA